CUCGAGGAGAUCGCGCGCAGCUCGGGCGUCUUCCUCGUCACCGGCGUCAUCGAGAAGGUCGGCGGGUGCCUGUACGGGUCCGUCGUCUACGUGUGCCCGAGGCUGGGCAUCAUUGGCAAGCGCCGCAAGGUCAACCCCACCGACAUUGAGCGCUUGUUCUGGGCCCAGGGCGCCCCGAGCACCCUCCACGCCGUGUCGACCACCAUACGGGGCGUGCGCGUCAACCUGGCCGCUGCCAUCUGCUGGGAGUCGUACAUGCCGAUGGUGCGCCAGGCCCUGUACGCGCAGAACAUCAACCUGUACCUUGCGCCCAACUCGGACGACGGGGAGAACUGGCUCAACUGCAUGCAGACGAUCGGGUUUGAGGGCCGCUGCUUCGUUGUCGGCAGUAACAUGUGCCUUAGAGGAGGGAGGUCGGGCGAGGCUGGGGGGCAGGCGAACCGCCUCAACGGUAUUGGUAGCGCUAUGGAGAGGCAUCGGGGUGGUCCAUCGAUGCCUUCCGCGCCGCUAGUGAGGAGGAGGAGGAGAAAAUCGGUCUUCGAUGAUGAUGGGAACGAGAUUGUGCUUUGUUGCCCGGCAGACGAGAGCCCGCCUGAGGCUGUGGAUGAUGUGCCUGGACCAGAGGAGCAAGGCAAGGAUGACACGCUUGGGUCGCUGCCCCCAACUGCUAAUAGAGCACCGCCAAGACGGAGGAAUUCGGUCAUUUACGAAGAUGGGAACGAGAUUGUCCUGAGCUGCCCUGCGGAGGAGGAUGAGGCUCAAGGUUUGGUCCCCAAUGGCGUGUCUGAGACUAAGGAGGAUGACAAGGUGGGCGACCUCCCGUCUGCCCCUCCAGUUAGGAGAAGGAGAAGAAAGUCCGUGUUUGAUGAUGAUGGCAACGAAAUCGUGCUCUGCUGUCCAGAUGAUGGCGCUUCAUCCGUGGAACCAAACAGCGCCGCAGCGGCAGGAACAGAAACGUCGGAAUCAUACACAGGACCAUGGACAAGCCGCGGCGGCUCCUGUAUCGUGAGCCCCUUCGGCAAGGUACUCGCUGGCCCGCAAUGGGAGGAUGAUCAAGGCCUUAUCUAUGCAGACGUCGAUUUCCGCGAUUGUGUUCGCGGUCGAUUGGAUCUUGAUGCCGCUGGCACCUAUGCAUGCAACGAUUCUUUCAAGUUCUCUGUUGAGGGCUUGAGUCUGAAUCCGCUUCCUUAUUAA